AUAUGACGACGAGGUGCUUGCGGUGAACUGUAUGUGCCGGUUUGAGAACCUACUAGAUGAUACAGUUAUGGAUGAUAGCCCAAGGGAUACGGUUUUGAAGUUAAUCAGGAAGAUGAAGCCUGACAUUUUCAUCCAAUCUCACAGUAAUGCAUCUUUCAAUUCACCCUUUUUUGCCACUCGGUUUCGUGAGGCUCUUUUCCACUACUCUUCACUGUUUGACAUGUUGGAUGCUAAUUUACCCUGUGAAAAUCAGGGGAGGAUGAAUUAUGAGCAGGAGUUCUUUGGGCGUGAGAUUAUGAGUAUAAUUGCGUGCGAGGGGUGAAGGUUAGAGAGGCCUGAGACAUACAAGCAGUGGCAGGUUCGUCAUACGGGGUCUGGUUUCAGGCUCCUCCCAUUGUCACAAAAACUUAUGAAGGAGAUCAGGGUUAAGGUGAAGGCAGAUUAUCAUAAAGAUUUUGCGGUCGACGAAGAUGGUCAAUGGAUGCUGCAAGGAUGGAAGGGUUGGCUUUUGUGUGCUAUCUCCUGUUGGGUACCUGCAUAGAGCUUACUAUAAUUCUGAUUUGGAGAUUAUGGCUUUCUGACCAAGGUAGCUGGCGAGAUUCGCGAGAAUGUGGAGAACACAGGCUAUGGGCUGUUGAGUUGCAUAAGAUCAUGGAUCCACAUUUCAGUGCAUUCUCCUAUCCGUCAAAUGGCUUCGAAUUCGAUGAUGGUUCCUUCUCACCCACUUUCAGUCCGUCGGAAAAUCUUGCAAACACAUUCCCAUUUCAAGAUGACCCUGGAGAUCUUAGCUUAAUGGACAAAUUUCUUCCCCCUGUUCCCAACCCCGGUUUUGCGGCUUUGACAUCGGGUGGAAGCUCAGAAGUGGACUCUCCACAUGAUAGUGACUUCUCUGAUGCUGUUCUCAAGGUCAUAAACACAACACUCAUGGAAGAGAACAUGGAGCAGACACCCUCUACGUUCCACGAUCCUUUGGCCCUGCAAGCUACUGAGAAAUCGUUGUAUGAUGUUAUUGGUGAGAAUUAUCCUGUUUCCCCGAAUCAACCCCCUCUUUACUUCAAUCAAAAUUCCGAAAGCCCAGAUGAGUACCUAUUUAGUACUUCCAGCGAGCAGAGUAUUAAUAGUACUACUAACUGUGGCAACUCUAUUGAUACUCAACAGACUGUUGAUCCUGGUGCUUUCAGAUACUGUCUUAAGACAACUACGGGGAGUUCUACUGAGAAGAGUGCUGGUACAAUGAACUCCUCGAUGAGUAGCCAUCCGGUCCCAAAGAUGUUUAUAGAUAGCCAGUCCAUAUGGCAGUUUAGGAGAGGGGUGGAGGAAGCUAGCAAGUUCCUUCCUAGUAAUAAUGGAUUGGUUAUUGACGUGGAGAGCCAUAUGAUGCCUCCAGGGUCAAUGAAAGAGGCUCUGGAUGUUGCAGCCGAGUCGGGGAAGGACGAAAGGGAAAACUCACCUAAUGGCUCAAGGGGUAGGAAGAAUCAUCACCAUGAGGAUAGUGAAUUAGAAGAGGUGAGGACUACCAAGUUUUCCGCAAUUUGCGUGGAAGAGUCCGAGUUAUCUGACAUGUUUGAUAAGGUUUUGUUGUGUGAUGUAAAAGCGGAGCCUACAUGCUGUGAUGCUGAUGAAGAAGUGGAGAGUGGACAAACCAAGACAAUCCAACAGAAUGGCCAACCACAUAGAUCUAAGGGCAGGAAGAGUCGCACUAAGAAACAGGAAAGUAAAAACGAAGUGGUGGAUUUGGUGACGCUCUUGAUGAAUUGCGCACAAUCUGUUGCUGCAGAGGAUCGCAGGAGUGCAUAUGAACAACUAAAGAACAUUAGGCAGCACUCUUCUCCUUCCGGUGAUGGGUUUCAGAGGUUGGCAAAUGUCUUCGCCAAUGCCCUUGAGGCACGCUUGGCUGGCACUGGAAGCCAGCUCUACGCAGCCCUAGCUUCCAAGAGGAUUUCAGCAACUGAAAAGUUGAAAGCUUACCAACUUUAUUUUUCAGCUAGUCCAUUCAAGAAGAUAUGUAUGUUAUUUGCGAACCAAAUGAUUGAAGAUUUAGCUAUAAAUUCUAAGAGAAAGAAGCUCCAUGUUGUUGAUUUUGGUAUCCAAUAUGGUUUUCAGUGGCCCAUGCUUAUCCAACUUCUCUCAGGCCUUCCUGGCGGGGCCCCCGAUCUGCGAAUUACAGGGAUUGAGCUUCCACAACCUGGUUUUCGCCCCACAGAGUUUGUUGAGGAGACAGGGCGUCGCUUGGCAAAGUAUUGUGAACGCUUUAAUGUUCUAUUCCAAUACCAUGCCAUAGCUCAAAAAUGGGAAACUAUCAAAAUUGAGGAACUCAACCUAUACGAUGAUGAGGCGCUUGCUGUGAAUUGUCACUUCACGUUAAAGAACCGACUUCGUGAUUCAGAUGUGGAGGGUAGUCCAAGAGAUGCUCUUUUGAUGUUAAUUAGGAAGAUGAAUCCGGACAUUUUUGUCCAUACUACUAGCAACGGAUCAUACAGUCCCUUUUUUCUCAAUCGGUUUCGUGAGGCUCUCUUUCACUACUCUUCACUGUUUGAUAUGUUUGACACUACUCUACUCCGCGAGGAUCAGGACAGGAGGAACUUUGAACAAGAGUUCUACGGGCGCGAGGUUAUGAAUGUAAUUGCAUGUGAGGGAUUGGAAAGGGUAGAGAGGCCUGAGACUUACAAGCAGUGGCAGGUUCGCAAUACGAAUGCUGGUUUCAGGAUCCUCCCAUUGAAGCAGGAUCUCAUGAAGAAUCUCAGGGUUAAGGUGAAGGCAGGUUAUCAUAAAGAUUUCUUGAUCGAGGAAGAUGGUCAAUGGAUGCUACAAGGAUGGAAGGGCCGGAUUUUCUGUGCUAGCUCCUGUUGGGUACCAAGUUAGCUGUCAAGCAUUAAGGAUGUAUGAUACAGGCAAAGUUACCGUUUCUUUAACUUAAAUCGCUUCUCUCUCUCACACACAUGCAUCUACGAGUAUUUGUGUAUUCUUCUAGGUAUGCUUUUGCAUGGAAACAUAUAUUUUUCUACUUCUACCGAUGCGCACCAAGGCCGUCCAUUUCUCUGAUCUUCUGCAAUGGUUGCUCUAUUGCAGAAUGUGCUUGGAAAUUCUUGCAGAAGACUUCAAGGCGCUUAUGGGUUGUCUGAAUGACCUACCGUGUACUAAUGAGACCAGAUAAUGUUUAGGGGUAUUCUUGGAAAUUCUGCGGCACAACGCUUACUGCUCGUGGUUCAGAACUUCAAUCUCGACAUGGUUUUGAAUUGUGGAUGUAAGAGCGAUCUACCAGAGUAAAGAUUUGUCACUUAUCAAGGAUGUUGUAGUGUUGAUUAAUACUAAGUAUUUUAUACUAUCCAUUACU